UGUCUGCAAGUGGUAGUGCGGUAACUCACGUUCUGGACACUCAUGUCAACAUGUCCCUGUUGAGACUGUGUGCCUUUCCUAAAUGUCGGACUGGUCGCCUGUUGUUUGAAAGAAGUGUUAAGCAUCUAUUGUAUGCAGACCAAUGCCACGUCUGUCUCAGAAUACGGAAUGACAACCAGAGGCGAAUUGGUGAGACUCCCUGGACAAUAUACCGGAGAAACUAUUCAGCUCUUAUCCCAAAGAAAGAGGAUGGCAAGAAACGAUUAUGGGAGCAGUCACAGUUGCUGGAUGUGCUGGAAGCCCGGAUCCAGCAGCUACAGUCUGACGUUGUUCUAGACGUCAAGCACACAGAAGUGCAAUUUGUCAAAUUCCCCCAGUCUGGGAAAGGUGCACCUUCAGUGAAGGGUCAGGCCAGCAAGAAGGGAGGGGGCACUGACCCUCAGCCCCCAAAAACCCAAACAACCCGAUGGAUGGAAAAACUGAACAGGGAGAAGAGUAAGACAAAAAAGGUACUGCAGCACCAGCCGAAAUCUUCAGAGAAGCCGGCGAAGAUCAAAGUCAUUAAAUCCAGUCCAAAGACUCUAAGCACGGCCGUGAGCACAAAACCCACCACGAAGGGAGCCAAGGCGUUGCCCAAAUCGGAUGCGCCGAGACCUGCUGCUUCCUCCAAGGAUGCCUUGACCCAGGAGCUCCCUAAGAGUUUGGGUCCCGCUGUGUCGUCCGACGCCUUUUCCAGGGAAGACGCGCUGGCUGAGGUGGAGGAGCUGGAUGUAGAGCUGAAUCAGUGGAGCUCCGCCAGCCCUGUGAAGCUGCUGGAGGACAGGGAGGGGAACCGCUACGGGGACGCGCAGCUCAACGUGCGCAGCUACGUGGAGGCCUGUGUGUUUGCUGGGGACGUGGAGCGCGCACAGCGCUGCCUGCUCGCUCACCACCACCAGCUGUCCCGGCGCAAGCUGCUCUCCAUCGGUCUCUACAACGUCAUGAUGAGGGUGUGGGCCAAGAGGGGCUCUGUGAACCAGAUUGGCCGCCUGUUUGUGCUGGUGGAAGAAGCUGGGCUGAAGCCCAAUCUCGGCUCCUACGCUGCUGCCCUGGAGUGCAUGGGGCGCAAUCCCAACUGUUCCCCGCGCAUCAUCAGCAGAUGUCUGCAGCAGCUGGUGGAGAACGGGCUGUCCCUGGACGAUCUCUUCCGCCAGUGCAUGUUCCGGCAGGACGAGCGCGAGAUGGUGCUGAAGGCCAUCCACGCUGUGGAGCCCGACUUCCAGCCCAGCAUGGACUCGGAACCCAAGAUCUGCUCUUCACCUCUGGUUAAAGACUUUUACAGUGAGAGGGACAGUGUUGAGUAUCCUAAACUGGACUUUAGCCUGGCGGAGCUGCAGGAGAGAUUCGGCCGCCAGCUGGCCAUGGAGCAGGCAGACACCGUCACCAUUGAGUCUGUGGAGGCCCUCAAACCUGUCACUGAGCGUAUGGCCAAAAUGAGAGAGCAGCUGGACGAUCUCCGCUCACACUGGCACAAAGCACUCCUGAAUGCUCUGAGGGAGAGUAAGCUGAUGUUGGCUAACAGUGGCAUGAAGUACUGGAAGCUGAACGUGUACCCCUACCUGUGUCUGCUGGAAGACAGGGAGUAUGUGGAUAUAAUGCUGCAGGGUCUGUGCAGCCUGCCUCCUAAUGGGGAGUCCCUGCUCAUCCUGGCCAGGGACCUGGGCAGCAGGGUCUACAACAAGCUCUGCAUCCGGCAGAAGAGCCAGAGCCACAUGGCCGACAAGCUCAAGCGCAUCUACGAUAGAUACGCAGAGCUGCUGGCCAAGGACAUGGAGAAGUGCAACGUUUUGCCUCGGGAGCGCUGGGUGGAGCUGGAGGCAGAGAUGAGCUCCGGCCCCACCCUCCUGGGCGACGACUCCCAGUGGCCCCACAUCCUGCUGGCUCAGCUGGGGACUCACCUGGUGGAUCUCAUGGUGCGCGAGCUCAAGGUGCAGGGCAACAUCCUGAGCCCCUCCCAGGAUAAGAAGCUGAUCCCCGUGCUGUACCACAUGUACACCUUCCGCAGCAACCGAAAGAUUGGCUUCAUCAAGCCGCACCCAAUCCUGACACAGAUACUGUCUGAGGCGAUGGAGACCAAGCUGACCUUCGACUCCUACGUGAUGCCGAUGCUGUGUCCGCCCGUGCCCUGGACCUCCCCGAAAUUCGGGGCGUACCUCCUGACGCCAACCAAGCUAAUGCGCUCGUCAGAGGGCGCCGUCCAGCACCAGCUGCUCCUGGAGAGGUGCCAGGAUCAAGACCUCCACGCUGUGCUGGACUCCCUUAUCCAGCUGGGCAACUGCGCUUGGAAGAUCAACAAGCCGCUGCUGGACAUCAUCAUCAGCAUCUUCAACGACAAGGGCAGCGAGAAGCUGGACAUCCCGCCGCCGCUGUCCGAGGCCCCCCAGGUGCCCCGCUUCAACCCCCUCGACCAGGCGCAGACCCCAGCGGAGAAGGCCUUCAUGAAACGGGAGGUGGUCAGGUGCAAGAAGAGGGUGGCUGAGAUGCACAGCCUCCGGAUGGACGCCCUGUACAAGCUGUCCAUCGCCAACCACAUGCGCGACGAGGUGUUCUGGUUCCCGCACAACAUGGACUUCCGGGGCCGCACUUACCCCUGCCCGCCAUACUUCAACCACCUGGGCAGCGACGUGACACGCGCCAUCCUGCUGUUCGCCGAGGGCAAGCCCCUGGGCCCCAAGGGCCUCGACUGGCUCAAGAUCCACCUGGUGAACCUGACGGGCCUGAAGAAGCGCAGCUCGCUGGCGGGCCGGCUGGAGUACGCCAACAGCAUCAUGGACGAUAUCCUCGACUCGGCCGACCGGCCUCUUACUGGGAAGAAGUGGUGGAUGAGCGCGGACGAGCCCUGGCAAACCCUGGCCUGCUGCAUGGAGAUCGCGAACGCUUCGCGGUCACCUGACCACACGCAGUUCAUCUCCCACUUCCCUGUGCAUCAGGAUGGCUCAUGUAAUGGCCUGCAGCACUAUGCAGCCCUGGGUCGAGAUGUGAUUGGCGCCACCUCUGUGAAUCUCAUGCCGUGCGAGGUGCCCCAGGAUGUCUACAGUGGCGUGGCGCAGCAGGUGGAGGAGUUCCGCGCCCGCGACGCGGCGAAGGGCGUGAAGAUCGCCCAGGUCCUGCAGGGCUUCAUCAGCCGCAAGGUGGUGAAGCAGACCGUGAUGACGGUGGUGUACGGCGUGACGCGCUACGGCGGCCGGCUGCAGAUCGAGAAGCGGCUGAAGGAGAUCGAUGAGUUCCCCGGGGAGUAUGUGUGGGACGCUUCGCACUACCUGGUCCAUCAAGUGUUUAACAGCUUGAAAGAAAUGUUUACUGGAACCAGGGAGAUCCAGGACUGGCUGACUGAGAGUGCUAGACUGAUAGCCAAGUCAGGCAGCACAGUGGAGUGGGUGACCCCGCUGGGCCUGCCCAUCGUUCAGCCUUACCACCGCACCAAGAACCAGGUGCUCAAGAGCAACAUUCAGGUCCUGAAUCUGCAAGUCAAUCACGAUGCCAGCGAGCGGCCGGACACAGUGAAGCAGAAAAACGCCUUUCCUCCCAAUUUCAUCCAUUCCCUGGACUCCACGCACAUGAUGCUGACCGCACUGCACUGCUACAGUGCGGGGCUGACCUUCGUCUCCGUCCACGACUGUUUCUGGACCCACGCCGUCACCGUGGACACCAUGAACAAGGUUUGCCGGGAGCAGUUCGUGGCCCUGCACAGCCAGCCCAUCCUGCAAGAGCUGUCCAGAUUCCUGCUGCAGAAAUACGGCGCCGGCCUACCGAACGAUAGGAGAAACAAGAAGUUUCUGGAGUACAGGAGGAUGCUGAUGCUGCUGUCUAAAGUUCCCCAGACUGGGGAUUUUGACCUUCAGAGGGUGAAGGAAUCCACUUAUUUCUUCAGCUGAGUUGAACAGCGGAUGGAGAAAAUGGCUCAGACUGACGGACUGACGCGGGCAGCCUUGUCUUUUUCAGCCAUCAAAGGAUUGAUCCUGCUCUGUGCAGCACACAAUGAGGAAACCCGCGAACUCGAUAAGCUGGUCUCUGAAGAGGCAGGCUUUACCGGGGCGGGAACUGGCUGGCUCCAGAAGCCCUCUCUCACCGCUCUACAUGUUUUGGCUUCCAUUACAAAAGCACACGAAUGCGCGCGCGUGUGCGUUUGUGUGUGCGUGUACACGCACGCCGGUCCUGCCCUCUGCGUGAACGCUUCCUCCACGCUGUGAGCCGGAGUCCCUGGGGCGGAGGGCAGGAAGGAGCGAGCGUACUGAGGGGGCCGCUCUCGCCGCGGGGGCUCAAUCCCACCGACUAACACCGCGGCGAUUAACCGCACGAUCCUGGCUCUCAUCGAUCCCGGGACGACCUGCCCAGAGAGAUGCCCAUUCUGACAUUUAAGCUCAGACUUGAUUUACUUCAGAGGUUUCUGGUGGAGACAGUUCGUCUACACGCACGGCGUGGGUAGGGCCAUCAACGCCCACCUGCCCUUUGAAUGUGAUACGGUUCUGUGGUUUCUUUUUUUUCCUUUUCUUGUGCAAAAGCCAUUAUGCACUUUUCAAAAUGGGUAAAUAUUUUUCAUGUA